UUUUUUUUUCUUCCCCUUUUUUUAAUGAUCGUUGAAUGAAAGUGAACGGCGCUGGACUGAGAGCACUUUCCUUGGAAAGCUGCCAACUGGCUCGUAAAUCCGCCACGUUUCGCUUCUUCUGUAGGCGUUUUGCUUUGACGUGGCAACCAUUCCCAAUCCUUUUUCCUAAAUAAAUACCCCUUUGUGUCGACCCCCUCUGCUCUCUUUCUUCAUUCACAUUUGCUCUUUCAAAUUCUCUCGUCUCUCAGACCAAAAAACACACACUUGCUGUACAAUACCUCAUUUCCCAUCACUCUCUUUUUGUCCCCGACCACUUCUUUUCUUUUUUUGCCCUUUUCCCUCUCUAGCAAGUAAGUGAAAUAAUGCCAGCGUUUGACGCUGUAGAAUCAUCCUCCUCCUUCUCCACCAACAAUGGAGCCUCAUUGGACGGCCCAGAUCAAUCCAAUCACGUUCAUCGAGAUCCGCGUGAUCUUCCAUCUUUAAUGGUGUCUUCUUGUUAUCCCAUUACUCUCAAGUUCUUCGACGUGUGUUAUAGGUUGAAAAUUGAGAAGAAGCAAAAGGGACGAGGCAGCAGUAAUAUCAGACGGAUAUUAGGUCAUGGACCCACUCAAUCUAAUCAAACACCAAGUGCUAUGAUUCAAGAACGCACGAUCUUGAAUGGGAUUACUGGAAUGGUUUCCCCUGGUGAAAUCUUGGCCGUUCUUGGUCCAUCUGGGAGUGGCAAAUCAACGCUCCUUAAUGCGCUUGCAGGUAGACUCCAAGGUCACGGCUUCACCGGAACUAUACUCGCCAACAACAAAAAGCUGAGCAAACAAACAUUGAAACGCACCGGUUUUGUUACUCAGGACGAUAUCCUUUACCCUCACCUCACCGUCCGCGAAACCCUAAUUUUCUGCUCUUUGCUUCGUUUACCAAAGACACUGUCCAAAAAAGAGAAGACUUCUGUCGUUGAGUCGGUGAUAAACGAGUUGGGUUUAAAGAAAUGCGAGAACACAAUAAUCGGCAACAGUUUUAUACGUGGGGUUUCCGGUGGGGAACGAAAGAGAGUGAGUAUAGCUCAUGAGAUGCUCAUAAACCCUAGUUUGCUCAUUCUCGAUGAACCCACGUCCGGUUUGGACUCCACCGCCGCGCACAAGCUGCUCUUGACAUUGGGUUCACUGGCGCAGAAGGGAAAGACCAUCGUUGCUUCCAUGCAUCAACCUUCUAGCCGAGUUUACCAGAUGUUUAACUCAGUGUUGGUAUUGAGCGAGGGAAGGUGUAUGUAUUUUGGGAAAGGAAGUGAAGCCAUGGGUUAUUUUGAGUCGGUUGGGUUCUCGCCGUCUUUCCCCAUGAAUCCUGCUGAUUUUCUCCUUGAUCUCGCUAAUGGUGUUUGCCAACUUGAUGGUGUAAGCGAAAGAGACAUGCCGAACAUAAAACAAUCUCUAAUUGCCUCUUACAACAAUGUGUUAGCUCCAAAGGUAAAAGCUGUCUGCAUGGAGACCACCGUUACUUCAACAAAAGAGACAAGUUUAUGCGGAAGCCAUUCUUCCAGAGGAAGUAGAUGCUGCGACAGAAUUGGCUUUGCCACAUGGUUUAACCAAUUCAGCAUUCUUCUUCGCAGAAGCCUCAAAGAAAGAAAGCACGAAUCAUUCAAUACUCUUAGAGUCUUCCAAGUAAUCACAGCUGCAUUAUUAGCCGGUCUAAUGUGGUGGCACUCAAAUUUUCGAGACAUUCAAGAUCGACUAGGUCUCCUCUUCUUCAUGUCAAUCUUCUGGGGAGUCUUCCCUUCUUUUAACUCGGUGUUUGCCUUCCCACAAGAAAGAGCUAUCUUCAUGAAGGAACGAGCCUCGGGUAUGUACACUCUUUCUUCCUAUUUCAUGUCGCGAAUAGUCGGAGACUUGCCAAUGGAGCUCAUCCUCCCAACCAUUUUUCUAACCGUGGCUUAUUGGAUGGCUGGAUUAAAACCUGAACUGGGAUCUUUUCUCCUGACUCUGGUGGUUCUGCUCAGCUACGUGCUCGUCUCUCAGGGACUUGGCCUUGCCUUUGGAGCAGCUAUAAUGGAUGCUAAGCAAGCUUCAACUAUAGUAACAGUAAUAAUGCUUGCAUUUGUACUAACUGGAGGAUUUUAUGUGCAUAAGGUACCAUCUUGUGUGGCUUGGAUCAAGUACAUUUCAACUACAUAUUACAGCUAUAGGCUGCUUAUUAGUGUCCAGUAUGGUGAAGGGAAGCAACUUUCAGCAAUACUAGGUUGCUCCCACCAUAAAAUCAGUGAGAAAGCAAGCUGCAAGUUCCUGGAAGAAGAUGUUGGAGGGCAGAUAAGCCCUGGACUUUGUAUCAGUGUCCUAAUAUUGAUGUUUGUGGGGUAUAGGUUAUUGGCUUACCUGGCACUGAGGAGGAUCAAAGCUUGAUCAUUUUGUGUUGUUUAACCAAAAGGGUUCGUGUUUCUCCUGCAGAUAAAUUAUCAUAGGACCUCUUCUAACUAUAAUUCUUGAAAUGAAGAAAACAGAUGCAAGAAAGAUGUGGGUGUUUGUUGACGGUUGGUGUAGAAGCUGAUGGUUCGAGUCUAGAAGCCAGUUUGUUUUUAGUUGGAGAAAUGGGUUCACACUAACUGUAAAUGAACAAAAAUAUAUAUAUUUUUAGACCAGUUUGUGGCUGGCAAAUGUAAAAGAUCGAGCCAGCAAGCAAAGUCCUUUUAGUUUGUACCUCGUUAUAUUUGAUUAUUAAUUGCUAAAUUUUCAAUGCAAAUCCAUUGCAAUAUUUCCUUA